AUGGCUGAGGAUCUGGUGCAGUACCAGAAGUCGGAUUGGUCAACGCUCGAAGAAUCAGAGUCUACGCUAUCAGAAGAUCAAGUACUGUCUGAUGGAGAAGACUCAGGGAUAGUAUCUAUCACCUGUGUGGAUUCGAACUGUGUUUCUGAAAACGAGCAAGGCAAACUCCAUCAGUGGAGGGACCGAUCUGUAGGUCUUUCAGGUGGGCGGUUCCAUUCCUUGGAAUGCUUGCAAUUCACACCCGGUCAGAACCCCGAACGUCUGGGAAUGGUCUUUGGGGAGUCUCUGCUCGACAACGCGGUUCCCAAGCCUCCUGACGUUGAUUUUGGAAGUAGAUCAACGAUCUUUUGUCUCAACAUUGUUACCUUUGACUCUUGCCCGUGA